AUGGCGCAACCGUCUGGACCACGCCAGGCUCUGGCAGACCUUGCUUGCGCCUUGCAUACAACCUUAUCCACAGUCGAUACUAAGACAAAUCCUCUGCUCUCUUCUAAUACCAUUUUCAGACUGGAUAGCGAUCUCAACAGUAACCCGUUCUGUCUGUUGACAAAUGCAUCGGGCCGCGACCAACUGGAUAUGAUUGGGACAUUGCUCUGGAACGACUGCACCGAGCUGAUGAUCUCGCGUGGUCACAAUCCGGAGGAUGUGCUGUUGCUCGGCAAGGUGAGGGCUCUCGCGUUUGCAGUGUUGAACAUGGCUGUCUCGCCUGAUCUCCUAGGCAGUCUCAGGGCUCUCGAUUUGGCCCUCAAGACGGCGCGUAUUUGCAUUGUGAACCAGCAACGCGAAAUUGCGCUGAAUAUCUUGUCAGUGGCAGCUCGGAGGCUAGAAAGUGUUCAACCUGCUCAUCUUGGGCUUGAUCCUGCGAUUAACCGCACUCUCACCACCCGAUAUUUCUUGCUUCGUAUUCGACUGGCUUGGUUGCAGGACCGAGUAGACAUUGCCGAGCAUUUCUUUACCAAAAUCCCUACGCCGGUUGUGUCAAAUGAUGAAGAGUCGAUUUUCGAGACUUGUUUUAUCAUUGGGGACUCUGCACUUGCACGGCGCCUGCCUGACAUCGCAAUCACAUGGCUGCAGAGAGCGAGAGAUCACUUGCAGUCCUUACACAUUAUGACUCAGAUGCAGUUUCCAGAAUACUAUAAUUGGAACUUGGUUGUUCGACAUUCCCUCGUUGUCGCUUGUACGCGAGUCAAAAGUAUUCAGUCAACCAUCAUCUACGAUAUUGAAACUAGAGCCUUGCGAGAACACCCUGCUGUGGUCCUUUUUGAUCUCUCUAUGGGACAUAAUAAUCCUCCUGGUCGCGACGGAUCACUCCGAGGUCUGAAGAGUCUGAUUGAGAAGAUGACUCUCACAGAUAUGAACAUGCCGAUUGGUUCGGAUAACGGAAUGGAAGCAUUUCGGAUUUUGCUUAUGCGCCCUCUGCCAACAAGAGAAUGGACAGAGAAAUGCUUUGUUGCUUUCAUUCUACUUUUAAGCAGGUCGGAGGUCUCUGAUUCUAAGCGCAUUCGCACCCUCCGGGCCGUGAUUGACGCACUAGAGAAACGUGGAUAUCCAUCAAUUAGCGCCAGCGCAGCUCACGCCACCGUGAUUUGUAUCUGGAAAAUGACUGGUGGUGCACUUCUCAAGAAGGACUACUGGACUGCACAGUCAUGGCUUCAGGUGUGCAGUGAUCCAAAGAUCUUCCAACACUGCUCCCUGUCCAUCCAAAUCGCGAUACAAAAGAAGCUGGUUGCAUGUUACCUACAGACUGGGCACAUCACCGCUGCUCGUCGGUUAAUCGAUCGGGGUCUAUUCCAAAGUCAGGUGGAUUGCGAAAGGAUGUACUUGUCUUACAAGUUGACAUUGUUGGAGGGAAAAGAUGGCUCUGGGUAUUUCUACCUCGGCUUUCCUUUGCAUCCCGUGCCGCACAAGCAAAUGAGCCUACUAUCGUGCGCAAUGGAAGCUCAGAGACAACACAAACCAGAAGAAGUACUGAACUGUCUUGAUCAAUUUAUCAAAUGCUUGACUUCAGAUGACAUUUAUCAUCACGACUUUUCCGCUGCCGAACAUUACAUAUUUGCAAUCACUCUUCUUUCCGAAGAGCUGUCCAAAGGCUUCAACCAGAGACUUGGCGACUGUAUCGAGACUGUACUGCAGAGUGCCCUGUCUUAUGCAAAAGAGAACAGCAUGUUUGAAGGUGGCGACCAGGAGGUUUCUGUCACCCAACUGCAAUGGCUGUAUUUUGCAACUUACAAAAUUGCUUUGAAACUCAUCACCUCUUCCGGGUUCCUGUGGACUACUUCUGUCUUAGAUCACUCCAGAGAUUUUGCGCUUCAAUAUCGUCAGAUUGCAUACCCUGAGAUGGGCUCUAAAGCACCUAGACCGCAUUUCUUUGCGGUUGCUUACCUCCGUCUCCUUGCUAGCUCCCUCAAGGCCCGCUGCGAGGAUGAUCCGACUGAAAAGGUUGGUUUCAACAGUUUUUAUUCAAAACAGAGAUUACGCCCAAGAUUGUCACGAUGUGGCCAUGCGGAAAAUACUGACUAUCUGCAGGCAUCGCACUACGAGGAUGUACGCGCUUGUUUUCAGCAACUCAGUGACUUGCAUGGUUGGAAAGAUGGAGAAGAAGAAACAGAUGAUAACGCGGAUUUCAAAGAAGACAGGCACCGUAAUAUUGCGCAAUUCUUCUACCUUGAGGCUGCCAUGCACCUCAGUAAGUGGAAGGAUGUCGCCAGCAUAUGUGCAUCCGACGAUGCAUUUCCUGAUCCGAAGUUUUACGCACCGACCAUUGAUCUGACUCUCCAAUUAAAAUUACCACCCAAACUGGCGAUUCAUAUCAUCAAGCGGAUCGUGUCAAAGCUCAAAAAGCUACAGGAUGAUCCCCCUACCACAUGGCAACGCGAUUUCCGGGCUUCCUUGCCCCGCUACCUCCAUUGUCUAUUCACUCUAGCCAUUGGACCGGUCCAAAACACAAGCUCUUCUGGAAUUGCCUGUCUUGAUGUCGAAAUGGCCGAUUCCGAGGUUGCUGAAGAAGUGCUCGACAAAGUCCUCGCAAUGGCAGACGAAGAGGCAGGCGUUGAAGGAGACGCACACAUUGCAGAGCACGGUUUGCAUGCCAUCCAGGCCAAGUCGGAGCUUGCUGAAGUAUUUACAUACCCAGCUGCGGAGUUGAUCCAGAUUGCUACCAUGGCUUUCAACAAGGCUGUUGACUUUUACCGUGUCACCCGAGACGCAGACUGUCAGCGUUGGGCGGACAAGGCUAUUCGCAUUUCUCAGCUUGUGCCUGGUGCCCAGGGCAAACUCCUGGUCGGGACGCUUCAGAAAAGACUGGGGAGCUUGAUUGGAGUUUGA